AUGGCCAGCGGUUUCUGGGUCGUACCCAUGACGGAUCGGGCUCGCGAGAUCUCAGCAUUUAUCACUCCGUUUGGACUAAUCGAAUGGAGUCACAUGCCUUUUGGUCUUAAGAAUGCCCCGCAGAUUUAUCAGCGCCUCGUAGACAACGCGUCGUAUGGAAUUUUGAAGAUCUCGCGGUAA